AUGACUUCGAAAAUCUAUCUAUCUAUCUAUCUAUCUAUCUAUCUAUCUAUCUAUCUAUCUAUCUAUCUAUUCGGGCACCAGAAUGCUUGGAAGAUAAGCCAUGAAGAGUUCAACCAUCGUGUUACGACGACCAGUGAACUUUUGGCAGCCGUGGAAGAGGACGCAAGCUGGACAACUCAAAUGCUGGCCGAAGACUUCAAUGUGGACCAUUCAACCAUCGUUCAUCGUCUCAAAAAGCUCGCAAAGAAUGAGGAUGAUGAGCGGCAACAGUGGUGGGUUCCAGACAAAAACGGAAAGCGGCAAUUCGAUAUCAACAGCGAUGUCUAUCUGGCUCAACUUGACCGCCUUCACGUUGCAAUCGAGACGAAAAGACCGCGCAAAAAGAACCAUAUCGUCUUCCACCACGAUCAUGCGCGUCCACAUGUCGAGCGUCGAGUUGUCGAAUGUAUCGUCACUAAGGGCUGGGAACUGCUUCCACAUCCGCUAUAUUCUCCCACAGAAACUCCUACGGGCUAUCACGAAUUUCCUAGAUUUGAUACAAAUGGAAGAGGACCACCAAAAGAAGUACAAAGUCUUUCUUUCUUUCUUUCUUUCUUUCUUUCUUUCUUUCUUUCUUUCUUUCUUUUCGUUAACAAUAAUAAUAAAAUGUCAUUUUUAGAUAUAUUAAAAAGUACUUUUCUUUCCUCAUAUUUUUCUUUCUUUUUCUCUUUCUUUCUCCACAUUCUGGAUCCUCUUCCUCGACUUCUUUCUUUCUUUCUUUCUUUCUUACUUACUUACUUACUUUCUUUCUUUCUUUCUUUUUCUUUCUUUCUGUUUUUUGAUCGCAUAUUUUCUUUGCUUUUCUCUCUCUUUCAUUCUCCACAAUCCCUUUUUUCUUCCUUUAUUCGCUUAUUUUCUUUCUUUCUUUCUUUCUUUCUUUCUUUCUUUUUUUUCGAGUUCCUUUUAAUCUUUCUUUCUUUCUUUCUUUUUUCUUCCUUUCUUCCGAGUUUUUCUUUCUUUCUUUUUCUUUCUUUCUUUUUUCUUUCUUUCUUUUUCUUUUUCUUUCUUUCUUUCUUUCUUUCUUUCUUUUUCUUUCCAAGCUUCCGUUCUUUCUUUUCUUUCUUUCUUUCUUUCUUUUUUUCUUUCUUUCUUUCCAAGCUUUUCCUUUUUCUUUUUCUUUCUUUCUUUCUUUCUUUUCUUUCUUUCUUUCCGAGUUCUGAGUUCUUUCUUUCUUUCUUUCUUUCUUUCUUUCUUUCUUUCUUUCUUUCUUUCUUUCUUUCCAAGCUUCCGAGUUCUUUCUUUCUUUCUUUCUUUCUUUCUUUCUUUCUUUCUUUCUUUCUUAUACGCAUAUUUUAUUUCUCUUUUUCUUUUCCUUUCUCCACAGACAUCUCCCUUCCUCCUUUUCUUUCUUUCGUUGUUUUUGUUCUUUCCUUUUUAUUCUUUCUUCCCUUUCUUUCUUUCUUUCUUUCUUUCUUUCUUUCUUUCUUUCUUUCUUUCUUUCUUUCUUAUACAGUUGUUCACCAAAGAGUGGGAAUCAAUCGCGUGCAGUCAAAAUCCGAUCUUCAUGACGGAAGCCUUUUUAAUAACGAAGCUGUCCAUCCGAAUUCCCGCGCCGUAAUCAACGCUUUCACUCACCUGGCAAAUGGAGCAGAGGAGCACGAUUUCCAAACACGAAAAAUGGCGGGAUUCCACCCACCACCUUGGCUAGUGUUUGUCCUUCUUCAAUGUUCGUCUCUCGUCUCACUGCGAUUUUCAAUGUCCGUGCUAGUCCACGGUCCGAUGGUUAUCAUUCAUUCAUUCAUUCUAUCUAUCUAUCUAUCUAUCUAUCUAUCUAUCUAUCUAUCUAUCUAUCUAUCUCAGUUUGUUCAUAUCUAUCUAUCUUUCUAG